AUGGCGGAAACAGAAGAAGAGGAAGUUCCAGAUCAAUUACUAUUUCUUGAAGAGUUAUAUGUAUCUAGAUGUAAAGAUACACAAGAAGAGCCAACUCGCGAGGAAUUUUUCAGGUUCAGUUCCAAAUUAAAGAACAAAGUAUUCGGACAAUCAAUGAUUUUACGAUCGAUUCAUAUUGGAAGUGCAGCUGCUAAUACUAUUGCAAAAUUCAGUCGAAAUAGAACAGAUUUACGAAAAAUUGAUGUUUAUUGCAACUCUUUAAAGGAUCAAGGUUUAGGAAUUCUAGCACAUUUCAUACAAUUAAACAAAGGAAUUCAAACUCUGAAUAUUGGAUGUAAUGAUAUCUCAGAUAAAUCAGCGAAUCACAUGGCUAACAUGAUUUUGUCAAAUCACUUACUUUCAUUACAAUUAGGAAUCACCGAAAAAGCAGUGCAUGCAAAUACUAUCACUCCUGCAACAUUAUCUAUCCUUGUUGACGCAAUUAUAAAAUCAACAAAUUUCCAAACACUCGGAGUCAGUGGCUGCGAUUUUACAAUGCAUCCCGAAUCUACAUUCCAACCUGUUGAAUCCAUUUUAAUUAAACUCUUGUCUCAGUCUUCUUCAUUGAAAUUUUUAAGUGCGAAUAAUAUCGAUUCAGAAAAGAAGAAAUUAGCUGACGUUCGACCAAUACUUUCGACAGACUUCAUUACAAAUGGAUUAGGAUAUAAUUCUACUCUAAUCAGAUUAGAUCUUAGUUCAAAUUACUUGAAUGCAAGUCCAAAACCAGAAUAUCAGUUUGGCGUUGCAUUUGCUGAUUAUUUGUUAAACCCAACUAAGAAGAAAAACUCAAAUGAACAAGGAGAUUAUCCUCAUUUAUUCUAUAUCGACUUAAGCGAUAAUUGUUUUAUGCCAGAAGUAGCUUUUAAGUUUGCCAAGUUCAUUGAACAAACAAAAUAUCUCGGAUAUCUUGAUUUAAGUGAUAAUGUUGUUGGCGACGAUGGAGCUGAAGCAAUUGCACACGCUCUAGAGAUAAAUCAAACCAUUGUAGAGCUACAUUUAAGGAAUUGCCAGAUAACUACUAAAGGAGGUGUCGCAUUAGUAAAUGCCCUAUAUAAGAAUGAAGUUUUAGCCACUUUGAACUUAUCACAGAACAAGUUAGGUGAUGAAACAGCAUUAGCACUGGCAACUGUUCUUAGUUCUAACAAAACAAUUUCAUCAUUAAAUCUUUCAACGGCAAUGAUCACAGAUAAAGGCGGAAGAGCAAUUGCAGAAGCAUCAAUACUUUGUCCGUCAUUAAUUUCUCUCGAAAUGUGCAAUAAUUUCUUCUUAGAACAGACAGGAACAGUUUUCGAAACAAUUUUCAAAGAAAACCGUCACAUUUUGAAAAUUAAUGUCAGCGGAACACAGAUAAACCACUUCUCAUUUAACGCUCUCAAUGAAAUAUGUGCAAGGAACAACGAAACACUCAAAAGGAAAAAGAAACAACCAGCAAGAAACACAUAUUUACAGAUGCAAUAUGCAUCAGCAGAAUUGAAGCGGAAAAACGAGAUUUUGGAGGAAUUAAUCAAAGAAAACACGAACAAGAAAGAUAAGAUCAAAACAAUUGAAGAGAAAACUAUUAGUAUUUUGGAUGCAGAGUCAAACGAAACAUCAACAUUACACAAACAAAUUGUUGAAAAAGAACAAAAUUUGGAAUUUGAAAAAACAGAAUUUGCUUCAAAGAACGAAACAAUCGAAGCACAAUUAAUGGAAUUAAGAGAGAAAGAGAAGAAACUUAAAGCAGAUUUAGAUGAAAACAAAAAGGCAACAGAGAAAGUCCGAAAUCAAAUUGGAGAAGCAAAACAAAAAUUAGAAACUAUUCAACAAAAGAAUACAGAAAAGAAACAAAAAAUGAAGGAAGAAGUUGAUUUCUUGGAAGAAGAAGUCAAGAAACUCGAAGAAAUGAUUAAGACUGGUGAAAUUGAUAAAUUGGAAGAACUUCCUGACUUCAUAGUUUUCAGUGAAGGAAAAAUGGAAAAGAAAGUUGUGAAAAAGAAAACAACUUCAUCAGGAAAAAUACCAAAUGUUAAUUCUCAAACUUCUGUUGGUUCUGAAGCUUCUAAAUCAUCUGAAAAGAAGAAAUCGAAGAAAAGAGAUUCUACUGCAAGUCCUCCGAAAAAGAAGAAAUCUGUUUCAUCGAAGGAUGGUGACGAUGCAUCCGAAGCAAGUAAAUCUUCAAAGAAGUCUAAGAAAUAA